AUCUUGAAUGCCAAAAAGCACAGCUCCCCGCGACUGACGCACCACAUCCGCAAACUAUAAACAUUUCGCUCCAGCCCUCUGAAAAUUUCCUUCAGUACCCAAACACAUUCAACUAUCCCUCUUCCUAUUUAUUUUUCCACAGCGUGCUCGUCUACACCGCCUUCUGGAACAUGUCGCGAAGAAACGGCGCUCCCAUAGCUCCCGCUCCGGAAAAGGAUGUAGCACCACCUCCUGUAGACUUGUCUCAAGACAAGCAAGCUAGACUGCUAUCCUCAGAAGCCGGCCACUUUUCACUUGUCCGAGCUUUGCACCUUGCGGAUUUCAUAACCGAGCUUAAUGGCUUCUGCGGCGUCAUGUCCGUUUUCUCGUCUCUUCGAUACUGUAUUGGUGACCCGAACGACCACACUAACCUCUAUCUUGCCCUGAGCUUCAUUCCGCUCGGCCUUUUCUUCGAUUUCAUGGACGGCAAGGUUGCGCGCUGGCGGAAGAAGGCGUCGCUGAUGGGACAAGAACUUGAUUCUCUCGCGGACCUGAUAUCCUUUGGCGUCUCCCCGGCCGCCGCAGCCUUCAGCAUGGGUUUCCGCACACCCGUCGACCACCUCCUUCUCUCAUUCUUCAUCCUCUGCGGUCUCACCCGUCUCGCCCGGUUCAACGUAACCGUCGCCAUGCUCCCAAAAGACGGCUCCGGAAAGUCGAAAUACUUCGAAGGUACCCCAAUCCCCAUGUCCCUUGGAUUGGUUAGUAUAAUGGGUUACUGGGUCUGGAAUGGCUGGACGCAUGGAGAUAUCCCAAUGGGCACGUGGGGAACUGGCGCGUGGUGGGAGGUGCACCCCGUUGUAGGAAUGUUUGUUGUGCAUGGAUGUUUGAUGGUUAGCAAAACUAUUCAUAUACCGAAGCCGUAAAGAGGGGGAGACACUCGGAGAGCUGGAAAUGGUAAUAUAUUGGGGUGGCUGGAAGGAUGGAUCCACUAGAGAUCUUGGCGUGGCAAAGUCGUUCUCUUCUCAUUCUAGGGAAAUCAUGCGGCUUGGUAAUAGACAGUAAUGAUUAGC